UCCUCCCUCUCAACAUACAACAAUUCACUUCACCUCCUCCUCCUAGCUCCUCAUACCCCAUAUCCAACCGCGUCUUCUAUUGCAUCCUUCCACAGCCAUGGAAUUUGAGAAACCCAUCUUGGAAAAGAUGCAAAAUGACCCAGUAAAGGUUGCAGACCAUGCUAGCUGCAAUAACAAUAAGAAGAUCAAUUCAUCCAUGAGAAGAAACCCAUUAGACUCCAAUGAUCUGAACCAUGGAUCAGAAUCCUUUAGAAUGCUUCGGAUGGAUGUGGAGAGGAGCGAUGCUGCUGAGACAAAAUUUGCAUGGUUGCGCUCACAGUUGAUAGGCAAAGAUGUUGAAUUUGAAACCCCAUUUGGGAAGCGUCAACUUACAUAUGCUGAUCACACUGCCUCUGGGAGGGGACUUCAUUAUAUUGAGAAUUACAUCAUAAAUGAUGUUCUUCCUUUUUAUGGGAACACUCACACAAGUGAUAGCUUCGUGGGAGAGAGGACGACCAAGAUGGUGCAUGAAGCAACUGAAUACAUCAAGAGAUGCUUGGGUGGGGGAGAAGAUGAUGCACUCCUGUUCUGUGGCUCUGGCACCACUGCUUCCAUCAAGCGCCUACAAGAGGUGAUGGGGAUUGCAGUUCCUUCAUGCAUGAGAGAAAGAAUGGUGAAGAGCCUGAGCAGUGAGGAGAGAUGGGUGGUAUUCGUGGGGCCAUAUGAGCACCACUCCAACCUUCUAUCAUGGCGCCAAAGCCUAGCAGAGGUCAUAGAGAUUGGCAUCAAAGAUGAUGGACUUACAGACAUGGAAACUCUGAGAUUCCAACUUGAGUCUUUCAAAUCCUCCAACCGUCCUAUGUUGGGUUCCUUCUCAGCUUGCAGCAAUGUCACUGGAGUCUACACUGAAACACGAGCCAUCGCCCAGCUUCUUCACCAGAAUGGUGCUUUUGCAUGCUUUGACUUUGCUGCAAGUGCUCCUUAUGUAGAGAUUGAUAUGAGAUCAGGAGAGCUUGAUGGUUAUGAUGCUAUUUUUCUUAGCCCACAUAAGUUUCUAGGUGGGCCCGGAACCCCUGGUAUCCUUCUGAUGAGCAAGGCCUUGUAUCAGCUGAGGUUCUCUCCCCCUUCCACCUGUGGAGGAGGAACUGUUAGCUUUGUCAACGGAUUCUCUGAAAGGGACACUUUGUAUUAUGAUGACAUCGAAGAGAGGGAAGAUGCUGGGACACCACCAAUUAUCCAGAAGAUACGAGCUGCUUUGGCUUUCUGGGUGAAACAAUACAUUGGUUAUAGUGUAAUUGAAGCUCAGGAACAUAUCUACAUAAAUACAGCCCUUAGAAGACUCCUCUCCAAUCCAAACAUUUGGGUGUUAGGAAAUACAAGCACAAAGAGACUAGCAAUUCUAUCCUUCCUCGUCUUCACCACUUCAAAUGCCUCCUCAGAUGAAACAUCAAAGAUAGGGGAGAGAGGACUUUAUAUGUGGAGGGAGUCUGGCAACAAGAAAGAUAAACCUCUCCAUGGACCUUUUAAUGCAAAGCUCCUAAAUGACCUAUUCGGCAUACAGGCUCGAGGUGGAUGUGCUUGUGCUGGGCCCUAUGGUCAUCAUUUGCUUGGUGUUCAGGAGCCGCUUUCGCUUGCCUUCCGAUCUGCCAUUCAAAAGGGCUAUAAUGGAAUAAAACCUGGAUGGGCAAGAGUUAGCUUCCCUUAUUACAUGUCUAUGGAAGAGUUCGAGUUCAUCCUGGCUGCACUAGAGUUCAUUGCAAUGUAUGGUCAGCGCUUCCUUCCACUUUAUCACUUCAACUGGAAGACUGGGACCUGGAGUUUUAGAAAGACAGCCUUCAUGGAGAAUCUAAAUGGGAAGAAAAAGCCUGAGCUUGAUGUGGGUUACUCGUCAUUUUCUGAUGCUAAUCUCACAAGCAGAGUUAACAGUGACGAAUCAAGUGAGAUACAUGAAGAUAAUGUUGAUAAUAAAGAUGUUGGGGUAAUCAGAAAAUAUGCUUCCUACUUGAAGACUGCUAAACAUAUAGCGGAUUCUCUCCCCAAAUUUCCUCCACAACGUAGGGUUCCAAAAUACAUCAAUCCAAGCUUAGUUCACUUUAGAGUCUAGUGCUUUUGUCACCAUUUACUUUCUGAUAACCAGUCUAGACUCUUGUUUAAUGCUGGAAUGUUAAGCUUUGUUGGGAAAUUUUCCUCAAAGUUGGAUGCGAUUUGCAUCUUUAUUUAAGGCUUAUAAGUCAUCAUAUGUAUCCGUAUUAUAUAUUUAACUUUUUAUUAUAGAAUAUAUGUAAUGCCGUCCACCUUUUCCUA